GUUCCAAUGUUUUGAAUCGUGCGGGCUAACAAGCUGCACGGAUAGAACGCCUUUAAGCACUGCACCGACCAACCUGCCCCGACUACAUCUGGGGAAAACUUUGAGCUUAAUGUCCCCAUAAUUUCUGCCACACACUUCCUCUGCUGUACAGUAGGAGAACGCAAUGGACCUCCACAAAAUCAUCCACAGUGCGAUGCACGAGUUUAUCCAGACUUACAUUCCUGAUGCAGAUCUCAGCACACUGGAUGAUGUCCUCCUGUCUUAUAUCACUGGAGUCCUGGAGGAUCUCGGCUCCCAGCAGAGUGUGGAGGAGAACUUUGACGUGGAGGUCUUUGCAGAGAUGUUAGAAGCUUACAUACCUGGCUUUGCUGAAAUUGAUAGUGUAAAAGUAUGUGAAAUGAUGUUCAACCUGGCUUCAAAGCUAGCCACUGCUCGGACCUCAGCUGAUGAAGAAAACAGUGUGCCUAAGGCAAGGACAGAUGAUAUUUCAUUGAAACUCAGCACCCUUCCCAGAGAACCUCCACCAGAGAGAGAAAUGCAGUGCCUUAAAACACAGACAGAGGGCGCCACAGCCAAGCUACCAGCGUCAGAGUGGGACACCCAGGAGCAGCACCUGCUGGAGAUGUUUCCCAAGUGUAGUCUGUCCGAGGCUCGUAGUGCCCUGUCUAUUGCCAAAGGAGACAUGGAGGAAGCUGUGCGCCUUAUCAUAGAGGGCGAUGUCCAACUCAGCCCCACUCCUCUUAAUGUAAACCAUGGGAAAAGUAUUUCCUCGCUGGCAGACCAGAAACUUAAAGAGAGCAUCCUUGAGAAGUACAUGCUGGUGGACAGGGAGGAUGACAACAAAACACACCGGCCUGUCGCCCCCAAAGAUGCUCCAAAGAAGCUAGUGCGGUACCACGGUAACCAGGUGGUAACCACGAAAGGAGAGCGAUAUCAGCUUGUGAAGAAAAAUGAGACAGAAGACAUGAAGAAGACGUAUGUCAACCUCAAGCCUGCACGAAAGUACAGAUUCCAUUGAUGAUGAGCACAACAAACUAAGAGCAGCUACUGACAAUAUUGUUUACACUAUGAUUAAUUUAUUAAGUCCAUUUAGUCUGAAUUUGUUAGCUUUUUUUCCCCCCAAAUAAAGGAACAUAUUUGAUAGUGUCAGUGGCUUAUUUUUUUUUUUUAAAUGUUACCAUUAAAUGCCUUGGUUAAAACAUAAAAUUACAGUGUUUCAGUUGUACCGCUGUUAAUUUUUUUUGAGGAACUUUUGAAAUUUUGUGCGAUAUUUUGGUGGGGAUGUUGUAACUUGUGUUCUAGUUUGUGUAACAGCCUAACCUAUCUACAUUUUGCCAUCUCAGCAGGUCUGAUGUUGCACUGAUGUUUUUGUCCUCUAUUUUUUUUAACCACCCAAUUUUCUCAUUUUUUUUAACUAGUACUGUCUUUAACUUAGUACAAUAUAGUUUCAUAAUUGUGACAUUAAGUUCUAGAGAUGAAUCUUUUUUCAUUUCUGUAAAUACGUUCUAGUGGUGCUGUAAAAUUUAUUCUGGACAUUAUAAGUCUACUGUUUUUUUUAUGUACAUAUAAAAAACUCAUUGAUGCCAAUUUUAUUUAAAGUUCUAUUUUUACAUCAUACGGGAAUAGUGCUGUGAAAAUGUUUAGUCACGCCUUGUGUUUUGUACAAUUUGUUGUGCUACAAAAUGGUUUUCAGGUGAAACUCUUUUGUCUGAGACAGAUUUUUAAUGAACAUUUGUACAGUGGGUAGCUGCAGCAGUUGUCACCUAAGGGUUUGAUAUGUGUUCUCCCUUAGUUGGAUGCUUUUAGGGCAUGCUCUGACCGUCCAGUUUGUAGUACUUAUGGAAAAAACCCAUAGCUUUUUUUUUUUAACUUACAAACACUAUAAUGUGUACAGUACUGAAAGAAUCUGCCCCACAUGAAACAGGAUAACUGACUAGAUAUCUGGAUAUCUCCUUCCACAAGAGAAAGACCGUAGUCCUGAUUUGUUUUUAUCCUUUAGUUCAUACCACUUUGGGCAAAUAAAGGAAGGGUAUGUGAUAAUAUGCAAAGUUCAAACCCUCACUUAUAAUAAUUGCGUGAGACUUGAGUAGCCUAAGAGGGUGUGUUAACAUUAGUCAGUAACACAGCUAAAUUAUGAUAAAACAAGGGGUUCACUUAUUUUUCACACACUUUGAAUAUGAUUAUAUUGCUCUGUCUAUGCCAAAUCAAAUAUGCAGAUGGUGAUCUGCUGUGGCAACCCCCAAAGGAGGAGCCAGAAGACGACAACUGUAAUGGAAAAACACUAUAACUAUUUAUAAAGUCUUUUUUUUUAUUUUCUAGCACAACAAAUGAAGUCUCAAGGGAUGCACUAACUAUUACAGCACUAUAAAUUCUGGCAUAAUUAUGUGGAGGAUUGUGGUUGCCCCUUAAACGUUAACCGAAACACACUGCUGAAGGACUUGAUUUUAAAGUUCAUUCCAACAGCAUUACCUUUAUUUUUGAUAUAGACAUUUAGAUUUGCAAAGUGUCAGAUGAUUCAUUUAUUGUGAAGAGGCGCUGUUGUGUGCUUUCAGGGUCUGUUUACAUGAUGUUGCUGAAGUGGUCCUCUCUCACAGCUCCUUUCAUCUCAUUUGAGUUCUGUGAAUUUUGCUUCGCUUGUGGUUGUGGAAUAUUUGAUUAUGAUUGGAUUCUUAUUUCUUGUUUAUUGUAUAUUAGGAUAAAUGGAUUAGGUUUUUUGUACUAAGAUAUACCAGUUAUUUGUGUUCCCCUCUGUAUCCAUUUGGAGCAGCUAUAAGCAAUUGUUUUUGAUUGAUAGUAUAAUAUAGUUUUCCUGAGUAUAAGUGUAACACAAUCAAGUGUUGAAAAGAUGUUACUGAUACUGUCAUUAUCAGCAGCGAUUAUGUCUUUAAUUACUAUAAGAUGGUGUUACUGAAGCUGUUUAGUCACAACUGAGUUUUAACCCCUUGCUUUGAGAAACCGCUGACGCACAAUUUAUAAUAUAAUAAAUACUAAUUUUGUA